UCUCGCAUUUCUAACGCCGUGGGAGAAUGCAACCGUGGUGCGCCACGUCUCUCGACGCCUUCGAGACGUUGUGUUGGAGUCCAGCCAUUGGAGUCACCUCGACCUUGCGGUAGAGCUUGCGCACGUGCGACUGGAUCGCUACCUUCACUUGAUCCUGCAUAUCAACACGCUUGAGGGGCCUGUCCGUAGCGUUGUGCAGUCUGUCAACUUGGCGUCACUGCCCGUGUCCGACCAGGAUGUCCAAAAUCUUGUCAAGCAAUGUCCGCGCCUAUGGCACGUGAAUCUGGCCUACUGCCCACUGGUGUCGUACCAGCUUUUUUCACUGCUCCAAGCGUCGAGCGCAUCGUCGUCUCUGUCGAGCCUCGACGUGUACAUGACGCGCAUCAUGCACUGGGAGACUGCAGCGCUCACCAACGCGUUUGGUAACGUCGUCACCGUUGCGCCUUCUUGCUUGGUGCCUUUCCGAGCCGACAUAUGCACUGCCCCCCACACUAGCGGCGCCAUCUUCUCCGUGCACGUGCUCGACACGGUUGGCAUCCACGCCCGAGCCGACGCAAACGACGACGACUGGCACGCCAAGCUCUGCUAUACCUGGCCGUACACAUUGCUACCGGUGGUGCACCUGUCGGGCGAAGCCUACGUGUUUCCAUCACCAGACGAUAUGGCACGCUGGCGACGCGACGCUGCAAAAGCAGCCCCCCCGAUGGCCUUGGUGCCCCGAGCGCUCACGCCGCGACCAGAGAAAGCACUCGACCCCCUCGACGAGCAGGCAAAGGCCGUGUUUGCCUCGUUGCAUGAAUGGAAGACGUCGCUUGAAGCCCAAGUCGAGACGCUCACAGAAGCGCUCGUGCUUGCUCAGAAGGACCACGCUGUCGCCAAGCACGAGUAUGAUCUCGCCGAGCGGCAGCGCGCCGCCGUCGAGCGCGACGCCAACCGUGCUGUCCUUGCGCUGUCUCUGGGCCACGCCAGCGCGACACCGCCGAAAAGUGGACACAUUGUCCAUUGCGAUGGCGACGAAUUGUUGCCGCCACUACCGCACGCCGCGGCGAUCGCGGAUUUAUCUCGUGCUCUGGACCAGCAACACUUUGCACUUUGCGACGACUUUCUGGGUCAUGGUAGCGCGAUGCAGCUCUACGACGCGGUCAACCAACUGCACGCGUCCCAAGACGGCCUCUGCUUUGAGCGCGGCGCACUUGCCGGUGGUAAAACGGGGCGCAAUCUUCGAUAUGAAAUGGCGUCGGUGCGUGGCGACGACGUGCUCUGGCUCGACGGCACCGAGCCCGCGUGUCCGCCUGCGAUUGUGACAACGCUCCGUCAGCUGGAUCGCCUUCUUCUUGAACGCCUUGCUGGUGUCAACGCGGAACUGCGCUCGUGUGCACUGCAGCGGCAGCGCGUCAUGCUGACAUGCUACCCCGGCCACGGCGCGGCGUACGUCAAGCAUUGCGACAACCCGAACCGCAACGGGCGCAAGCUCACAGCAAUUCUGUACUUGAACCCUCUUUGGGACGAACGCGACGGCGGACAGCUUGUGCUGCACCGGACGCCACCGGCACGCAUUAGCCCAGUCUUGGACCGGCUUUUAGUCUUCUUUUCCGACACGCGGGUGCCGCACGAAGUGCUGCCGUCGCACGCAAAGCGGUUUGCACUCACCGUGUGGUACAUGGACUGGGACGAGUUCAUGGAGGCACAAGUCUUUACGGACACGGCCAACGAGACACACGAGCGGCACCACAUUGAGGCUGAAAUUGAGAAAUUCCAGGGCAAAUC